UUGCUAGUUUACGUGUUAUACAAUAAUUUUCAUUGAACAAUAUACUGCAGUUACGUUUAAAAAGUCGUUAAUCUUUAAUUUAGAUUAGUUUUCGUUUGUAAUUUACGCACGCGGUAGAGUUCUUUGCUUUGUACGAAGUUAUAACUUAUGUACUUGUUAAAAUCAAGGCAUAGGGUACAUAUUUUGUUAUAGUAGAUUAAUUAUCGCGUUGUUUAUAAAAUAGUCAGGAUGUCUGCUGCUGCUUGUCAAAGUUUACAAGCUCAAGGUUUUACUUUAAAAGCUUACAUGAAGAAUUCUAAGGUUGUUGGCCCCCCUUCAGCAGGAGCAUUUGCUGAACGACCGGCUAAACCGACAGCUUUUCGUAAAUUUUAUGAAAGAGGUGAUUUUCCAAUUGCUUUAGAGCAUGAUACAAAGGGGAACAGAAUUGCAUGGAAGGUUGAGAUAGAGAAACUUGACUACCACCACUACCUGCCUUUGUUUUUCGAUGGUUUGUGUGAAACAGUUCAUCCGUACGAAUUCUUUGCACGACAAGGUGUUCAUGACAUGCUCGAGCACGGAGGGUCAAAGAUUCUGCCAGUUAUUCCCCAACUUAUUAUUCCUAUCAAGAAUGCCCUGAACACCAGGAAACGUCCAGUAAUUUGCACGACUCUCAAAGUUCUUCAACAUCUUGUUGUGUCCGGAGAGAUGGUAGGAGAAGCAUUAGUGCCUUACUACCGACAGAUCUUACCAAUUCUCAAUAUCUUCAAGAACAGUAAUCGUAACUCUGGCGAUGGUAUUGACUAUAGCCAACAAAAGAGGGAAAACAUUGGUGACUUGAUCCAGGAAACAUUGGAAGCAUUUGAACGUCAUGGUGGAGAAGAUGCUUUCAUUAACAUCAAGUAUAUGGUUCCCACCUAUGAGUCUUGUAUGCUUAACUAACUUGUGUUCUACUCAGUAUUGCGUCCCCUAUAUUUCCUGUGUUGUAAAAACCUCUGUGAUUUUCACUCGCUAUUCGUACUUUUAUCUAUUUUUUUUUAAAAAAAAAACACUUUACUAAUAAAAUUUUUCUUAUAUAGUCAUCUGUACUGUUUAAGUAAUUUACAUAAUACUUUUAAAUCUCCUGAUGCUUCACUUGGAAAUGGGAAUACCCAUGGACACUUAUUCUAGUGAGCAUAUUAAUUCCUAAUUUAUGUUUAGUUGAUAUCCUUUAUUUCAAGUGUAUUUAGCACCUAAGACGUUGCUGUUGGGUUGUAAUUCUUAUAUUAAUACAAGUGUUCAUGUAAUACUGUAGCAUUGAUGUUUAAAUGGAUGUUCUGCGCUUUGCCGUUAAAAAAAUGUGAACACUUUCGCAGGA